GACAGGCGCUGGGUCGCUCCCUGUCAUUUCCCUGCCGGCCGUAUUAAGCUCCUGCCCACCCACGUACCCUGGCUGCCUUCGCCCAUGUCCCGUACCACCACAACAUCCAAACGGAGAAAGCGCUACUGGUCGUUUCUGCAACUCGCACAGGAGGCGUCGUGUGUCAUUCCCUCUUAUUGCGACGACUUCUUUUCUUUUUGCUGCUGCUUGUGAGGCUGAGUAUCCCUCGUUUCUGGUGCAGCAGCCGUGUUCCACCGCCUGGACGAUACGAUUAACCGUGUUCAAAGAACUGCGACUCGGCCGGGACAUCGCCUUCCCGCUGCUCUCAGCUUCGUAUACGCUCACGACAACCGAUAACCGACGUUGCCUGCCACUGCCUCCAGCCGUUGCUCGCACUACAGUCUCUGCGCGCCGCGUGCAAUUCGUCUCGUAGUCCUCCGCUCUAGCGCUGCGCGUUUGGAGCUUACAUCUCCUUCCUCACAACCCAACCAUCUCCGGCACCGCUCUCGAAUGGAUCCGCUGGCCAACUCGCCACUCACGACGUAGCGCCUAGACGCCAACCACAACAAAACUCUACUGCUUGCUAUAAAGAGCGCCGUACCAUGGCGUCCAACGACGGUAGCCGCGGCCAUACAUCGCCGUCUGCCUCGCCGGCAUUGGGACCGCUAGCUGGUCUCGCGCCUCCUGCUCGCGGACUCGACUCAACACCACAGCUGCCUCAUCACCAACUACCAACACAUCCGUCGCCCUCGUCGCACGUUUUGCCGGCUUCGGCCUCCAUGCACACCAAUCAAAUCAUUACCCCGUCGAAUCAGCGAAGCGUCAAACGCCCUCGACCCGUCAAGUCGUGCACAGAGUGCCGUAAGCGAAAGCUGCGAUGCGAUCGCUUGCUGCCCUGCUCCCAAUGCCAAAAGUCCAGUCGACACUGCCGAUAUGCCGCUGACCAAGACUCGAAUAACCUCUCGGAUGUCUCCGACACUGAAGUUGCCGAUCCGAACCGGCCCAUGAAGCGCAAUUGCCCACCAGGCACCACGAUAACGCCGAUAAUAUUUGCCCCAGACGGUCCGCAUACUUCAUAUCCGACCAAGAAUGGUGAUGGCCAGGGCACGCUGGAGGAACUUACAAGCCGUAUGGAACGGCUGGAGAAGCAGAUGAUGGGCCGUAGUCCAGCUGCCACGGAACUAAGCAUUGGUCGAGUCUCGGCUGCCCCAAGCAGCACCAUUCGUGGUCUCAGCAUCAAGAACAAGGGCACCCGAACCCGCUACUUUGGACAGAAUGCGCCGCGUGUCAUGUUAAACUUGUUUUACGACGCCAAAGCUUUCCUCGCCCACCACAAAGCAAUCCCCGGAGCCCAAGAGGUUCUGAUGAAUUUUCGCGCGUUGAACGCUUGCAUCAAGGACGAGUACGAGAGUGCGCUGGCGCCUAUUACCGUCUUUGUCGACUCCAUGAUGCCCAUCCAGACGCGAAUGCGUGACAUUCUCCCUAAAAAGGACGUUUGCGACAGGCUAGUCAAGACAUAUAUCGACACAUCGGAAACCCUCUACCGUAUUGUCCACCUGCCGACGUUUAUGAAGGAGUAUACUACGUACUGGGAUGGGCGGCUGCAGUCCGAAACCUUUCUCCCCAAACUGCUCUCCAUCUUGUCCACGGCCUCGCGAUUCGACACAAAGUCUAGGGGCCUUGGCCAUGAGCGCGUGGAGGGUGUGCAUAUCCCAACUGCCUGUGCCUUGGUCAGGGCAUGGCUCGACGGGCGCAAGAGCAAGCAGCGGGUGGACUUUGAGGCUUUGCAGGUUGAAGUCCUAUUGGUUCACGCAAAGAGGAUGUUUACCCAGCAGUAUCAAGACGUCUGGUUUGGUGCUGGCCAAAACGUCCGCCUAGCCAUGACCAUGGGCCUGCAUCGUGACCCCUCAGAGUCCGAACCCCGGCUGUCCGUCUUCCAGGGCGAGAUGCGAAGGCGCCUGUGGUACACCAUCUUGGAUGUUGACGUGCACAUGUCCAUUGCUACCGGCCUUCCGUGUGUCCUCCGCGAAGGCGACUUUACAACUAAGCCGCCCCGAAACAUUGACGACGUUGAGCUCUAUGAAAGCAUGACGGAGCUUCCCCCAUCCCGGCCAAUCGACCAAGUCACCGAUAACCAGAUGCAGGUGCAUGCCGCAACCACGCUACUAACACGAAUGAAGGUUGCCCAUUUGAUCAAUCGCAUAGACUCUAUCAAAGACUACUCUGAGGUUCUCGAAGUUGGCGCUAAGCUAGACCGGUAUCUGGAGGACAUCAAUUUCAUCUACCCGCGAAAGGGCGACCUCGACGAUGCACAACGAAGUAAGAUGUGGCGCCGGCGCGUUGUUCUCGACAUGCAUGUUCGAAGACCACUGCUGGCUCUAUAUCGACCUCUGGCAUUGGGUGUCGUGGACGUGCCGCGUCAAAUCUUCCGCGCAUACCUCCGAUCCUGUAUGGUCAUUCUCAAGUACCUCGACGAGAUCGACCCGCGGCUGCCGCACUUUGCAGCUGUUGCCUCGAUGUAUCACCAAAUGCUCAAGGUGGAUAUUAUCCAGUGUAGCAUCAGCGUGUGCUAUUACAUUCAGCUUGCCACACGGCCGAGUGUUGAUAAUGUUGCACUUACGCAGCACGCAAUGAGAAUGUCGCCGGAUAUUCCCGAAGACGUCACGCACCAGGUACAGGAACCAUUGCCCCUCUGGUCCACAACUACACUUAUCCAUACCGUGGAGAAGACGAUUGACCUGCUGGCCAACCACAACAGCGGCAGUGAUACCAAAGCCAUUAUGAGCGCCGCUCUCGCUCUUGAGUGUUCCAGACGUGGUGAUCCGCGCAGCGAAGAGAUUGUUGCUGGCCUCUUUGCUGUGUUUGACCUUUGUCUGCGAGGAGCCAACCUGACGCAAGACCGCAUCCACACUGCCUCGCGAAUCCGAGUCGACACGAUGCAGCGAGAUGCUCAUAUGCGCGGACUGGAUCCCAGUGGCAUCAAAGACCCUACCAUGAUUACCGACUUUGGAAGCUGGAUCAUCUGGGACGGUUGGGAGUGAUGAUGCCUAACUCAUUCGCUAACAAAACGUUCUCUCAGUUCUGUUUUUCUUUGUUCUUUCUGUGUUGCCGUGCCUUUUGUUUUUACCGUGGGGACUGGUGGCGUUGCUAGGUCUGAUAUUAUAUCCGAUAGACUAUUUUCUUCAUGGGGGCGUAUUUGAGAGCUUUAUCUUUUUCUAUUUUGCAGAAAAAUACCAAGCUGACAUAGGAAACGGUUGGGAGCUUUUAGACAUGGCUGUAAUAUUAUAUCAAUAUUAUGUUUCAUUGUUUUCUAAGUAAAAAAAGACAUGAUUGUACAAUUUAUAUUCUAUUGUGAAAUUCCAAAACGCGCAGCAAAACAUAACAUAUCAAAACUUAGUUGACGAGGACAGGCGACUUGCCAUCCCAUUCGUGAGAUUCGGCAGCACGUACAAGCCACUCGCCAACAUCUUGUCUGCCAAUAGCUGCGGACCAGGACAAGCCCUUGCCGUUGUCUGGAAGAACCGUUACGCCCUUUGAGGGAGUCUCGGUGAGUCUAGCGGGGCGAGCAAGAACAAAGAUAAGGCCGCUUUCGCGAAUGAGUUUGUCCAUGUUGUCGUGGUCACGAAUGGUGAGGAUCAUGGUGCUCAUGCGGAAGAUGAGCUUGAAGGGCAGUGGCAUGUACGACCACGACGAGCCGACGCCGAGCGAAGAGUUGACGACAAUUUUGGGACGGUUCUGAGUGCCAUAGACGUUGCGGAUAGCGUCAAGGAGGAUUCUGGCCGUCGACUCGAGCAGGUCCUCAGGUGACUCUGGGGCAAGUGGUGCGAACGGGCUCUCGCUAGUGCGGCGUGGGUUGAUGGUGGUGAUGACCACUUGGGGCUUGAUGGGUGUGGAGAGGGCCGUCUCGACAUCCUUUUGGGAGGUCACGGUGCCUUUGAUGAUG